AUGGCCGAGUCGGUGGAGCGGCUGCAGCAGCGGGUUGAGGAGCUGGAACGAGAACUCGCCCGGGAGAGAAGCCGGCAGGUCGUGGGCGGCCGGACCCGCAUCGAGAAGAUGAGCGCCGAGGUGGUGGACUCCAAUCCCUACAGCCGUCUGAUGGCCCUGAAACGGAUGGGAAUUGUCAGUGACUAUGAGAAAAUCCGUACUUACGCUGUAGCCAUAGUGGGUGUUGGUGGAGUUGGUAGUGUGACUGCUGAAAUGCUGACAAGAUGUGGCAUUGGUAAGUUACUGCUCUUUGACUAUGACAAGGUGGAGCUGGCCAACAUGAAUCGACUCUUCUUCCAGCCUCAUCAAGCAGGACUGAGUAAAGUGCAAGCAGCCGAGAACACGCUGAGGAGCAUUAACCCUGAUGUUCUGUUUGAAGUUCACAACUACAACAUCACCACAGUGGACCACUUCGAACAUUUCAUGAGUAGAAUAAGCAAUGGUGGAUUAGAAGAAGGGAAGGCUGUUGACCUGGUUCUUAGCUGUGUGGACAACUUUGAAGCUCGGAUGGCAAUAAACACAGCUUGUAAUGAACUUGGUCAGACAUGGAUGGAAUCUGGGGUCAGUGAAAAUGCAGUUUCCGGGCACAUCCAGCUCAUGAUCCCUGGAGAGUCGGCUUGUUUCGCGUGUGCGCCACCGCUCGUAGUUGCUUCAAACAUUGAUGAGAAGACCCUGAAACGAGAAGGCGUCUGCGCGGCCAGUCUCCCCACCACCAUGGGAGUAGUUGCAGGGAUCUUGGUACAGAACGUAUUAAAGUUUCUGUUACGCUUUGGCACCGUCAGUUUCUACCUUGGAUACAAUGCAAUGCAGGACUUUUUCCCGACCAUGUCCAUGAAGCCAAACCCUCAGUGUGAUGACAGGAACUGCAGGAAGCAGCAAGAAGAAUACAAGAAGAAGGCCACGACACUGCCCCCACCGGAGGCCGCGCCCACGGAGGACGAGGAGAUCGUACACGAGGACAAUGAGUGGGGUAUUGAGCUGGUGUCUGAGGUUUCAGAAGAGGAACUGAAGGACUCUUCAGGUCCCAUUCCCGUCUUACCUGAAGGAAUUACAGUGGCAUACACAGUCCCAAAGAAGCAGGAGGAUUCUGCUUCUGAAGUAACAGUGGAAGAUUCUGGUGAAAGCUUGGAAGAUCUCAUGGCCAAGAUGAAGAACAUGUAGACAGUGGACUGGCAUUUGUUUUAUUUUCUGUGCUCAUUCUAUUCCCUUGGAAUUAUAAAAAGAAUCAGAACUAAUAAACCUAGGGCCGCCUUAACUGGCAUGUGAAUCUUCA